AUGCUCGGUGGCCAGGUAUCGUCGUCUUCGCUCCACCAGGUGCCCUGGAAGUGGGCGACCGAGUGGUUGCACCCGGUAGCAGUUGAACGCAGCGGCGCAGCCAAACUUUUUCUCCUCCGACGGCUUGACCGAGACGGUGAACGGAAGCGACUGGAAAUUCGCCGCCAUGGAAUGGCCCAGGCAAAAGAAAUCGCCGAUUGGGGCGAUCACGUUGGGCGUCUCGGAAUCGUCCCAGUACAUCUUGAUGAGCACCUUGCGGUAGUAGUCGGGGUCAUUAAUUUCGUAGUUGAGGCCGAGUGCAUUGUGAAUUUCCAUCAUGGCUACGCCGGACUUGGAGUAGGGAAUCAGGCCGGGCCCAAGGAUUUUGCGGCAGGUUUAGACAAACCACAGAUGCGUGAUGGCGCCAGGGCCUUCCAGGUCCGCGAGCACGAUCGACUCGCCGGCCAGCACGACAAAGGCGUCCUCAUUGAGGCCCCGAUGAUCCCAGCUGGUCACCCGAGCACUCCGGGCGACCUUUCUCUUGGCCAUGCUUGCGAGGAGAUCACUUCCGAGCGGCAUUGCUGGCGGAAUGCGGACUAUUGUGGUGGCAGGAAGAAAGAUGAUCCACGUGACGGCUGGGGAGUUCCCCGCAUCAGCGGAGGGCCUCUUCUCCUCCGCGGUCUGUACUACUGCUCCCAGACUGACACCAUGACCCGACAGCGCGCAUCCAGACGUCGGCGCACGACCCUGGCCUGCGAUACCUGUCGCUCGCGGAGAACCAAGUGUGAUGCACAGAGACCGUCAUGUGACUAUUGCCAAACCCACGGGAUUCCCUGCAUCUACCAGGAGCUGCCCGUGGAGCCUCCCAGUCGGGUCGAGGAGGAGCUGGCGGUUAUCCAUCAACGGCUCGACCAAGUGAUCGACUUGUUGCAUCCACCGCUAGAACCUAACGCCGCGAACGCCCAUCCGGCCGAGGCACGAAACGAAUGCGAGUAUUCCGUAGCAACGCAAUGUGACUCGCCGUUUGAUUUAGCCUCCAAGCUGCUGGGAAAUCCAUCGGUGAUGCAUGUGCUUGGGCUGAAUGCCGAUUUCGCGCAGUCCUUGCUUCGAGGGGAACGACAUGCCGAGUCUCAGGGGAACCGAGGAGGCGUAGGAGGCACCCCAAUGCUACUGGUACAUCACCAGCAUGUUGUGAGUGCAUUGGCUGCAUUCUCCUCCCGAGCGCAUCCCUGGUAUCCUAUCCUUCCGUCCGACUUUACCUCCGAGUACUUUCGGGUCCUCUCCGGUUCGUUACCUCCCUCCUCAGAGUCUUGCCUUUCUCUACUGGUGGCUGCUGUUGGCCAUGUAGUUGGGGACGACGAGGCGGUCUCGGACCCUCCGUACUUUGAAGCGGCACUCGCCUCGCUCCCGAACAUCAUAUCCGAGUGUAGCGUCCGCAGUGUCCAAUGCUUGAUGCUGGUCGCUUUCGAGAUUGGCGGUCAAUUGGAUGUGCCCAAUAGCGAUAUUUGGUCGUUGGACGAAUUGGUCCCACUACCCUUAUGCCAACGACCAUGGCAAUUCACACCAGAGAGUACAUCACCAAGCAUUUCACCUCCUGGUUUCCCCGAAAUUCAAGUGUCAAUUGACACCCACGUGGAAGCCACGGGAUCCUAUUUCCUCGCGGAAAUCGCCAUGAGACGUAUGCUCCAUCGAUGUAACACAGCGGUACAAGUAACGCCCAAAGGAGGCUACAUCUAUGCCCCAUAUAUCGCGCGAGAGCUGGAACAUCAACUCGAGGAGUGGUAUCGCCAUCUACCCGAUAUCAACCGCUUUGAGAAGGGCGAUGCGUCACAGCCGUUGGAGCUAGUCCGCAUACCACCCUCUCCGCUGUCCAAUUUUCUCCGAGUCCAGUACUAUUGCUGCAUGAUGUCCAUAUAUUGGCCCGCAGUGCAUCAAGCAAUGCAGGAUGGCGCGCUGCCAGAUCUUCUCUGGGACGAUUGCAAAAGGUUUCUCGACUCCUAUGUGAUGCUCACACCGAGCAUUGCUGCUGCAUUUCAGGAUUGCCACGUGAACAGGUGGAAUUUAUUCGUCAGUAUCUUUCUCACUACGGUGGCCGCGGUGGCCGUAGCAAGCACCCCCUGUCUGAGGGAGCUCUGUUCACCCCAGUUCUAUCAAUGCAUUCUCGCAUCAGCGCACGCAAAACAGACCACCUUGCAGAAGAGUCCGUCACUUAUGAUGCUACAGGGUGUACUAGAGCAGCGGAUCUUGGACGCCAACGUGUGA